AUGGCACCAGCCUUUUUAAUGCUGAAUGCUUUACACCAACUACUGCACAAGUACCAGAUGUGGAAUAUUGUGAGUGCAUUACUGGCAACAAUCUCGAAUGUGAUUUCACCAAACUUGUGGAGACAGAUACUGUUAGCACCAUGCAAAUUGGGAUGACCCAUAGUGGCGAUGGUGAUACCCUGCUCAGAGCUAGUAAAAAUAACCAAUGUGCACGGAGAAGGAAAAGGGAUGUUACUGACAUUCGAAAUGAUCCAGAACUGUACACUGACGACUUAAAUGAGCUUGAUAACUAUGAGUUUGACCCUCAGAUCAGUUUUGUACCUGUUGUGAAUGAUUGGCCUACGCCAAAUUUCGGUAUAACAGAGGAUGGAGCGAGGGGAAUAUGCCAGGAAGCUGUAAUGAACCUCACACUGGCUACGACAUGUCGAGAUGUCUUCGGCAUUGACAUCUUUUCCAAAGUUGCCUCAUGUAUGGCUGAUUUACAGGUUACAGAGGAUAUAUCAUAUGCACUAUCAGCUGCAGACGAGAUUGAAGAGGAGUGUUCUGAACUUGCCUAUCAAAACACAUCUCUCUAUGAGACCAACGAGGAUGGGGUUGCAGUACCUCCUGCCAUCAUCACUAGUCAGCUUUGUCCCCGUCAGUGCAGCCAGAGGGGUGAGUGCGUCAACGGAACCUGUCAGUGCAAGGAAGGGUACACCUCAGCUGACUGCUCAAUGCAAGUUGGAAGAGCACCACAGACACUGUUUUUACCAGCAAAGGGUCUGUGUGACAUCAGGCAUCGACCAUGUAUGAAGGCUACCUUUAUUGCUGACGGGUUGAUUGACUCAGAAAACUUAACCUGUCGAGUGACCCAGGUCUCGGCACCCCGGCUGAGAGAGAAGGAGCAGUCACUCACGGGAUGA